ACUUCGAGAUCAUAAUUGUUCUAGUGAAAAACUAAAGAAAUGAAAUUGACUAAGAUAUCCAAUACAUGAGAGAUAGGAGAGAACAAAACUCAAUAGAAACAUCUCUAAUAAGUUCACUAAUUCUGUUUUAUGUUGGCAGGUCUCUUUGUAUGUGUUGUCUGGAAAGAGGAGGACUCAAUGAUUAUUCGUUCACCGGAACCAGAAGUUAAAAUUUUGGUAGAUAGGGAUCCUAUAAAAACUUCUUUUGAGGAAUGGGCAAAACCUGGGCCUUUCUCAAGAACAAUAGCUAAGGGACCAGAUACUACUACUUGGAUCUGGAACCUACAUGCUGACGCUCAUGAUUUUGAUAGCCAUACUAAUGAUUUAGAGGAGAUUUCCCGAAAAGUUUUUAGUGCGCAUUUCGGCCAACUCUCUAUCAUCUUUCUUUGGCUGAGUGGCAUGUAUUUUCAUGGUGCUCGUUUUUCCAAUUAUGAGGCAUGGUUAAGUGAUCCUACGCACAUUAGGCCUAGUGCUCAGGUGGUUUGGCCAAUAGUGGGUCAAGAAAUAUUGAAUGGUGAUGUAGGGGGGGGGGGGUUCCGAGGAAUACAAAUAACCUCUGGUUUUUUUCAGAUUUGGAGAGCAUCUGGAAUAACUAAUGAAUUACAACUCUAUUGUACUGCAAUUGGUGCAUUGGUCUUUGCAGCCUUAAUGCUUUUUGCUGGUUGGUUUCAUUAUCACAAAGCUGCUCCAAAAUUGGCUUGGUUCCAAGAUGUAGAAUCUAUGUUGAAUCACCAUUUGACAGGGCUCCUAGGGUUGGGGUCUCUUUCUUGGGCAGGACAUCAAAUACAUGUAUCUUUACCGAUUAACCAAUUUCUAAAUGCUGCAGUAGAUCCCAAAGAGAUACCACUUCCUCAUGAAUUUAUCCUAAAUCGGGAUCUUUUGGCUCAACUUUAUCCGAGUUUUUCCGAGGGAGCAACCCCAUUUUUUACCUUGAAUUGGUCAAAAUACGGAGAAUUUCUUACUUUUCGUGGAGGAUUAGAUCCAGUAACUGGAGGUCUAUGGCUGACCGAUAUUAUACACCAUCAUUUAGCUAUUGCAAUUCUUUUCUUGAUAGCGGGUCACAUGUAUAGGACCAACUGGGGUAUUGGUCACAAUAUAAAAGACAUUUUAGAGGCACAUAAAGGUCCAUUUACAGGCCAGGGUCAUAAAGGUCUAUAUGAGAUUCUAACAACGUCAUGGCAUGCUCAAUUAUCUAUUAAUCUAGCUAUGUUAGGCUCUUUGACCAUUGUUGUAGCUCACCAUAUGUAUUCUAUGCCUCCUUAUCCAUACCUAGCUACUGACUAUGGUACACAACUGUCAUUGUUUACACAUCACAUGUGGAUUGGUGGAUUUCUCAUAGUCGGUGCUGCUGCGCAUGCAGCGAUUUUUAUGGUAAGAGAUUAUGAUCCGACUAUUCGAUACAACGAUCUAUUAGAUCGUGUCCUUAGACAUCGUGAUUCAAUCAUAUCACAUCUUAACUGGGUAUGUAUAUUUUUAGGUUUUCACAGUUUUGGUUUGUAUAUUCAUAAUGAUACCAUGAGCGCAUUAGGGCGCCCUCAAGAUAUGUUUUCAGAUACCGCUAUACAAUUACAGCCGAUCUUUGCUCAAUGGAUACAAAAUACCUACGCUUUAGCACCUGGCACAACAGCCCCGAGUGCAGCAACAAGUACCAGUUUGACUUGGGGAGGUGAAAAUUUAGUAGCAGUGGGCGGUAAAGUUGCUUUGUUACCUAUUCCUUUAGGAACUGCGGAUUUUUUGGUCCAUCAUAUUCAUGCAUUUACAAUUCAUGUAACAGUAUUGAUACUCUUAAAGGGUGUUCUAUUUGCUCGUAGUUCACGAUUGAUACCGGAUAAAGCAAAUCUAGGUUUUCGUUUCCCUUGUGAUGGACCUGGAAGAGGGGGGACAUGCCAAGUAUCCGCUUGGGAUCAUGUCUUCUUAGGACUAUUUUGGAUGUACAAUUCAAUUUCCGUAGUUAUAUUCCAUUUCAGUUGGAAAAUGCAGUCAGAUGUUUGGGGUAGUAUAAGUGAUCAAGGGAUAGUAACUCAUAUCACAGGAGGAAAUUUUGCACAGAGUUCCAUUACCAUUAAUGGGUGGCUUCGUGAUUUCUUAUGGGCGCAGGCAUCCCAGGUAAUUCAGUCUUAUGGUUCUUCAUUAUCUGCAUAUGGUCUUUUUUUCUUGGGUGCACAUUUUGUAUGGGCUUUUAGUUUAAUGUUUCUAUUCAGCGGGCGUGGUUAUUGGCAAGAACUUAUUGAAUCCAUUGUUUGGGCUCAUAAUAAAUUAAAAGUUGCUCCUGCUACUCAGCCCAGAGCCUUGAGCAUUGUACAAGGACGUGCUGUAGGAGUAACACAUUACCUUCUAGGUGGAAUUGCCACAACAUGGGCAUUCUUCUUAGCAAUAAUUAUUGCAGUAGGAUAAUAGCUAGGAG